AAGGGUUUAACUUUUCCCAAAAACCCUAAAAUCAAUAUUCCGAAUCUCCUCUCUCUCCCUCUGCUCCCCUCCACCAUUCGCCACCCUUCCUUCUCACCUCAGAAGACCAUUUCCGUCGACUCGCCGCCCCUCCCAACUGCCCAGCUGACUCUAACUUCGGUUGUCCCUCUUCUCUCGUGUUCGUUUCCAUCAGGCACAUAAGAUUCUAAUUUCAAAAUCACUCCAGUUUUUAAUCGCGAACCAAUCCAGUUAUUAAUGGAGGUCUUGGUGGCCUCGUCUUCGGUCGACGCCGGCAUCAGCUGCUGGGACCUACAAACCGGCGCAGAGCAGCUCCGUUACAAGUCAUGCGCUUCCCCGUCUCAUGGUCUUGUCUGCGUAGGUCAAAGCUUCCUUGCAUCCUCUCAGCUCCGCGAGGCCAGAAACUCAUCGGGUUCUAUUUUCUAUUGGUCUUGGUCGAAGCCUCAAGUCGAAGUCAAGAGUUUCCCGGCAGAACAGAUAGGGCCGCUCGCUGCUAACACCGAAGGGACUUAUAUUGUUGGGGGAGGUUCGUCUGGGGAUAUAUAUUUAUGGGAGGUUGCUAGUGGUAAACUGCUUAGGAAAUGGAACGCUCAUUAUCUGGGUGUUAGUUGCUUGGUGUUUUCUGACGAUGACUCGCUACUUAUAUCCGGGUCGAUCGAUGGAAAUAUUAGAGUUUGGUCGCUCUUAAUGAUUUUUGAUGAUUACCGAAGACAACAAGCACCUUAUGCAUAUGAAUACAACUUUAUGGAGCACUCAUCUCGUGUAACUGAUAUCAAAGUAGGUUAUGGAGGCGCCAACGCAGAUAUGGUGACCGCUUCAAAGGAUAAAACAUGUAAGGUCUGGAGCUUAUCAAAAGGGAAAUUACUAAGAAGUAUUGUGUUUCCAUCAGAGAUUGAGGCGGUUGUAUUGGAUCCUGCUGAACGUGUUUUUUAUGCUGGCAGCAGCGAUGGCAACAUAUAUGUUGCUGCACUUCAUACUGAGAUCCCAUCUAGCAAAAAUCAUGGGCUAUAUAUCAUAGGUUCAUUUCCUAAUCAAAGCAAGGUUAAUUGCUUGGAAUACAGUGCAAGUAGAAAUGUAUUGAUUUCUGGAUCAGAUGAUGGCUGGGUUCGAGUUUGGAAUGUUAGUUCUCGUAAAACUAUUGGCAAGUUCAGACAUGAAAAAGGUCCUGUUAAUAAUAUUGUUAUUGUUAGACAACAACUAUAUCCAUGUUCACAAACAUCCAACCGAAAGCGUGGCUCAUUAUUACCGCCUUUGGAAAAAUAUGUAAAUUCAACGGAUGAUGAAGAUGUAGAUACUAAAACUGUCAUUAGUUUCCAGAAAACGUGCAGCGAAUCUAUGGAUGCCACAUACCUCAGCUCUUAUGUGAUUAAUAAUCAAAUCAAAGAACUUCAGCAACAAGGUUCUGCUGGUUCUGAAAUGGAGAUGGAGAGACUAAAGCAUGACAACAAAAAAUCCAUGCAAACUGUUCAGCAGUGGAAGAAAAUGUAUGAAAAUUUGCAUCAGUUUUGUGUAAAUGAGCUCUUGGAGGAAGGUGCAGAACCAUGCAAACUUGUGGCUUGCUCCCACAGGAUCUGAGGUUCGAGUCCAGAGGGACCUACAUAGCACUUGCUAUUGUUUUUUGAUCCCAAAUAAUCUAGGGUUAGGCAGGAAGCUGUGCAGAAGCUGGAAAGUUGUCCUGCUGAGACGCAGCUGUUAAAUUUUUCUGUCAUUUAUAUUAAAGGUUAGGUAUAAAGAAGAUAUGGUUAUAGAAUGACUGUUCCUUUCCUAACACAAGUUAUUUAUAGUUGCUUUCAAUGUUUAGGAGCCCCGUUUCAUGUUUUACCACCCAAUUGAGGUGUUUUUUUCUUCCCUUUUUUCCACUUUGGCCUCGUUAUUUAUGAUAACAAUUAUUUUUGUUUAUGAUAUGUUUGCUAAAUUUGAAGCUUUAUUUCAA